GCCUCUUUUUCUCCUCCCCUCUCUGACUCUAGCCAAGUCGGGUGAUCCCUUUCCCCCCUCUCAGCAACCAUGUUUUCUGCUUUCGGUGGCGGCGGCUCCAAGCCCUCCGGCAACAACGCCAGCAGCGCUCCGGCUGCCGCCCCGGCUGCCGCUCCGGCCGAGACCGCGACCAACUCCAGCACCAAUACCAACAUUAGCCCCACCCAGCUGUUCGAUUCGCAGGCCUUCGUGCGUGCCGCCGAGGCUGCCAAGGAACUCGACAAUAGCCCCCACGGGCGCGAUGCCAUCACCCUGUCGCUGGAGCGCGAGCGCAGUCGCCGGGCUCAGUUUGAGGCCGAGCGCGCCGAUGCCAUGGCAAGCCUGCGGGACCUGGAGGCUCGUCGCAUUCAGAUCGAGCACGAGGAGCGGCGCAAGACCAUCGAGAUGGAAACCUCCCACAUCAACCACCGGCAGCAGACGAAGGACCGCGCGGCGCACGAGCGCCAGGAGCGCGAGAUCGCCGCCCGCAAGCAGCUCCAGCAGGAGACCCUCCAAAUGCAGGAGGCUUCGAUCGAGCGCCAGGAGCAGGCCCGCCGCGAAACGGCCCAGAUGGAGCAGCAAAUGCGCCGCGAGACCGAGAUGUCCAAAAUCCAGCACGAGACCCAGGGGCGCAUCGAGCAGGAGCGCGUGAACCAUGACAUCCGCGCCGCCCAUGCGCGACUGCGCCACGAGGAGGAACGCAAGACGGCGCUGCUGCUGACGCGCGAGCGGAUUGCCCUCAUUUCCGAUGAGCUGAGCGACUUCCUGUCGGACCCGAACCGCAUCCGCGCGGCGGUUGUCACCACGUCGCUCCUGUUUGCCGGUGGCUUUGCCUCCUACUUCGGUGCCAAGGUCCUGCGCGAGUAUGUCAUGCUGCGCAUCAAUGCGCCGGUGCUGGUGCGCGAGACCUCUCGCACCAAUGCCCUGAAGAAGCCGCUGGUCUUCGCGCGGAAGUUGAUUUCCAAGCGCCCGGAGUCCUCGGCCGUUCUGCGUGACAUGGUCCUCAACCAGUCGGAGCAGGCCCGCCUCGAGUCCAUCGUCGUGUCGACCAUGAAUGCCAAGCGCAACAAUGCCCCCCUGCGUAACCUCCUGCUCUAUGGCCCCCCGGGUACCGGUAAGACCAUGUUCGCCAAGAGCCUGGCCCAGAAGAGUGGCCUCGAGUAUGCCCUCAUCACGGGCGGUGAUAUUGUCCCUCUCGGGACGUCCGGUGUGACGGAGCUCCACAACCUCUUCAACUGGGCCAAGACCUCGCGCAAUGGGACUCUCAUUUUCAUUGACGAGGCUGAGGCCUUCCUGAAGAAGCGCGACAAGUCCCAUAUCUCCGAGGAGCUGCGCGCCAGUCUGAACUCCUUCCUCUACCUGACCGGUGAGGCGUCGGACAAGCACAUGGUUGUGCUGGCCUCCAACCAGCCGGACCACCUGGAUAGCGCGGUGCACGACCGCAUGGACGAGAUGGUGCCCUUCCUGCUGCCGGAGCUGGACUCCCGCGUGAAGCUGGUCAACCAGUACUUCCACAAGUACAUCGCGGACUAUGUCUCGCCGAAGGGCCAGCGCAUCGAUCACAGCGCCAUCACCAAGGAGCACCUGGAGCGCAUUGCCCGCGAGACGGAGGGCUUCUCCGGCCGGUCCUUGUCGAAGCUGUGCAUUUCCAUCCAGGCCAAGGUCCUGGCCCAGAGCGCGGCCGAUGGCCAGCUCACCCUCACCCCGGACAUGAUUGACACGAUCCUGCGCGACCACGAGGCGCAGCAGGGCCAGCGCCAGACCUGGCGCGCGAACAAGUAAGGGCUCGGGCCCGGCCGUGUCGGGCUGCUGUCCGCCACCUGUCCGGAAAGAGGAGCGCGCAGGGGGGACACACACCUAGACAGUCCCUCCGCCCUCCGGCUUUGCUGCCUCUCCCCGCCGCGCCAUCCCGGUGUGCGCGUGCGUGUGCGUGCGUCGGCCAUGCGCCAGCACUGGACUUCUACCAUACUCUCCCUCGCUGAGUCCGCGCCGCGCGCGGCCGUGUGCGACCUUCGCGCCUCUGCUGGAGCAAGCACGCGCACACGCAAA